AUGGAAGGCGCUAGAGCAACAACGGCAUCUCGGCCUGCGCGAGAAAAACAGCAACGAAAGUGUUCAUCUUGUGGAAAGCUGGGUCACACCAAAAGCCACUGCUGGCUUGCACACCCUGAGUUGCGUCCUAAGGGCGGCAAAAGUGCUCGGAAGGAUCCGCGACAAUUACAAAGCCCCGAGGCGUCUAGUAGGACUUCGCUACCGUUUAUGCCAUUCAGAUUUCUCGAUCUUCCGGGAGAGAUACGAAACCGGAUCUACGAUGAAGUCUAUGGGGAACCAUACGCGGUUACAGCUAAGAUGGCAAUAUCGACCUUGAGUUUGAGGUCUGAAAGCGACAGAUAUGAGGUUGCUAUGCCUUGCCGCGCCAAGUUACAUAUUGUGAACAAGCAAAUACACCAAGAGACAAGUUGUGCGCGAAGCAGAAACUCGUUUAACGGCCGUUUGCGCUGCGACCGUGGCCCGAUCCUGCCGCUGAACUUUGAGCCCAAGUAUGAACAAUUCCGGAGUCAAGUGACCAAGAUGACCUUCUUUGGCUUCAACAAUCGUGAGAUGAAUGGGGUCAAUUUUCCCAAAGGGUACUGGUGUGGAAUGGAGGAAGCCUUCCCAAACCUCCAGGAAAUUCAUUUCGAAUGGACGCAGGUUCCCAAAUGUGACCCGCCGUCGGAAUCAGCGAUGCAGAACUUUCUCGAAGGUCAAGACGAGUAUGCCUACAGCGACCGUCUGAAAGUGCCAUUCCUCGCGAAGCAUGUGAACACAAGAAGCAACUGGAAGAUAAUCUUCACGACGACCAUUCGGUGA